CAUGUUUGUAGCUUUGUGUUUAAUGUCAGCACAAAUGUAUACUUAAGCAUGCUGCAGCACAAAUGUCCAACCAGAAUUGCUUGUAUAACAAGAACUACCUGAUAUGCCUUUUGUGGAUAAACACUUUUUGCCUGAGGUUACCACUCCUCCAAGCGCUGAUGUGUGCUGACGAACUCUCGACAUUUUCUUUCUCUUUGUUGUACUACCACUUUUGUGUACUUUCUCUAUCUUUUUCUGUUUUUGUUUUGAAACAAGUACUCUGUCCUAAAGACCAAGAAAAUUAAGGGGAUCACAAUAGAAUGUGGCAAGACAGACUGUCUCGGCUCUUGUCGAUUAUUGUGUUUUUGGUAGGCCAGGGCUUCCAGAACUCUUUCAGACCUCAGAAUUGUACUCUACAGUGUGUGUGGCAGGGAUCCCCUGGAUGUGAGUAUUGCAGGAUUGAUAAAGAUGAUGUUAAAACUACACUUGGAUUUCCCUCUGCUGGUCUCUUUGAAGGCUGUAUGCCGUGGCUGUGUGAUUCUUUUCUAGGUCUGCAGAAUCCUGAGACCUGCCAGCACUAUGUACAUGCUCCACAGAAUAUCACCAUUGAGUUUGUUGAAAGUCAAAACCUCACUUAUGAGACUGUUGUUGUGUCUUGGAGGCCUAGCCAAUAUGGUAUUGCUUUUUUGCAUGGUUUCCUAGUUUCCCUCCAGACUUUAGGUGGCACUCAGAUCUCAUGUCAGCUCUUCCUUCUUCAAAACAAUAUGUCACUUUCAGCUGUGCAUGCUCAAAGGAUUUAUUACUCAGAUCCUUUUACAAAUCUCUCUCUCGGUACCCAGUAUGCCGUUACUGUGAUGGCCCUUCCAGUUCCUGAGAUCUGGGACAAGUUUUAUCACAGCAAAUUGUUCUUUACACGUUCAUGUCCUGAGAAAAAUGGCCUGGAGCACUGCAAAACAGACUGGUAUCCCAGAUAUGUUGAGGUUCACCAGGACAACAAGGAUAUUCUUGUGACUUUUAACGUGGCACCUCAGAAGUUGGGGAUCAGUCGCUAUUUUUCAUCAUGCUAUGGAGUGGGCUCGCGCAACUUUGAAAUUAUUCAACCAGACCUCAGUCUAAACAGCACUCAUCAUACAUUUUGUUUGCUCAAUCUCCAAAUGGGAAUCAACUAUACUUGUGAGAUUGCAGCAGAUGUUGUGGAUGCUGUUAGAAAAACAUUCUUUGUUCAAGUACAGCACAACAGGAAAGAUCCUUUAGCAUUGCACAAGGAGGGUGUCUCUUUCGCACCUCUCUUCUCUUUGGGUUUUCUAUUGGCAGCCUCCUUAGUAGUCAUUUUUGCUAUUCGCUGCCAGAAAAAAAGGAAGAAAAAGGCAGCAACAACUGAGAUCCCUUCAGACAUAACUGAGGAAUAUUUUGAUGAAUAUACAGAUCAUAAGUUUGUACCAGUACCUAAUAGAACCAAUCCGCCUCGACUCCUGAUUUGUUACUCAAGCAGGGAUGGGUCUGCCCAUGUAAGGGUUGUCCUACAAUUGGCGACAUUUGUGCAAAAGCAUAUGGCUGCUGAGGUACAUUUAGAUCUAUGGGAUGCCUUAAGUGUAACAGAAGAAGGAGAUAUGGGGUGGUAUUGCAGGAAGAUAAAGGAGAGCGACUUUGUUCUUGUCAUCUGCUCUAAGGGUCUCAGCCAGAGAGAGCAUAACCAGAGAGAAGAAGAAGUGGACCAAAGGACAAACACCUCUCUAGCCAUUAUAGCCAUGAUUGGAGAAGAGAUAUUUCAUGCCAAAUCUGUGGGACAGGACCUCUCCAAAUACAUGACUGCCAUUUUUGAGUAUUCAAAGAAGUCAGACAUCCCCACUAUGUUGAGUUUGGCUUCUAAUUAUACUCUUCCAAAUGACUUGCCACUCCUUUUCUCCCAUCUCCAUGGAGUGGCUUUGCAGAAGCCAGGAGCUUACAUACUGAUAGAAAACAUUUCUGAGAAUUGCUACUCUAAGCUCCCUGCUGGUGCAGCAUUACUACAAGCUAUUCAAAAUGCAAAGAUACUAAUCGGUGGUUUGUAUCCAUCUGGCCAGAGAAUUAGAGAUCAUUUAUUCUACCACCAAAAUUAAAGCCAAUUAAUAGGUCACGUUUGGGUUUUAGCAGAUGAGGCAUAGGUGCAGAGGUUAAGACUUUAAGUUUUCAAUAAAGAAAAGUAAAUACAAACUAAAUAUGAAGCUAUGACAAGAGGACUAAAACAAAAACAUGAACCAUGGCAAAACAGGGAAAAAAAAACUGUACAAACAGCCUAAAUUAACAGUAGAACUAAACAGAUCCGAACAGAUGGAAGACAAGAACAAACUUACUAUUUAUAACUAGUGUCAUCAACAAACUCAGCUUAGGUGAGUGUAGUCAUCACUAAAUGUAGUUUCUGGGCACAAGGCACCCUCUAGGAGUUAUCACAGACGUAACCCCCCAACCAAAAGGCGCUACUUCGGAGCACCAUCGGAGAUACAGGACAACCGCCCUGCUUUCCAACAGCAAGUCUACAGCAGGUGGAGGAGCGAGCACAGGAGCUCGACAAAUCUUCCGGGCGGCGCUAGCACGAAGCUUUUGAAUCCGGCAGACGGCGCUAGCACGAAUUCCUCAAAUCUGGGCAGCGGUGCGAGUAGUGGCUCUGGUGGCACAGGGCGUGGUUCUCUGGGCAGACUGGUCUCUUUAAAGAAGUUGAUCAUACAACUUUUUUGCAGCCCUGGUAUGCAAAGGUUUUUUGAUGCCUUACUCACAGUCUUUGUCAGCACGAUAUACUGCGCAUAAAGCUCUGGAAUUAUGGCCAGGUUGACAGUAAGUAGGGUUUAGAGGAGGAAAAGUCAGAGGUUGAGAAUAGCACGGAGUAUAACCCGAGGAGGAAGACCCAUGGUCAAGCAUUAUAUUUGUAUAUAAUUUUAUAUAUAUUUGUAUAUAUAGUUAAGGUUUCCAAGUGUACAUUUGGACUUUUGUUUUCAAUAAAUAAAUCAAUUAAUAAAUCAUACUGGUCAGUUCGGGAAAUCAAAUGUUAUUUUGUGCCACAGUUUAAAAAAUUUAACUUUUGUAAACAUUUCAGUGAAGUACUCUGAGAUAAACAGGAAAAUAGGUUUAAUUUUAGCAUUUGUUAUGGUCAAAAUAAUAUAUUUAUACUGUGUUUUCCCCUAAAAAAAUUAGUGAUAUGAGCUCAGGUAAAUGAGGCAUGAUGUACAAAGCAAAUACAAGUUCAAAACAUGUAAUGUUCACAAGAGCUAAAGUUAAUAAAAAGAUCUAAUAAAGCAUUAUAUAACAAUAUAUGU